AUGGAAUGGGCCAGUAGCAUUCUGGUCAUCCCCGCCCCCUCCUCUGCACCGUACAAACAUGGCUGGUCAGAAGGCUUCACUGCAGGCAAAGAAUGGCAAAGCGCUACAAGACAUUGCAAGAAGAGGCUAUACGUGGGAAAGCCCAUGAAAGAAGAACUGGGAUUGAUGGAAGCUAGUGAGUUAGAAUGCUGUUUGACAGUGGAAAACCUCAAUUCCAAUGGUGUGGUCACGAAACGGCAAACUUUCAAGAGUAUUACAGUUGUCUCGGGUCGAGAUGAAUUUGGCGACAUCGUCAGUAGUCAAUCUCCGUUGGGAAAGACUUUUCUCCUGAAGGAAUUAACCAUUCACAAACGGUUUUUACAGGAAGGGAAGGCUACCAUCAAACCUCUAACACAGAAGAUUCUAAUAAUGUUUCGAAAUUGUCCACCGAAUCAGCUCGCGACGUUUUUAAAAUGUCUGUCAUUAAAACUUGCUCAAAGUAAACAAAAUGGAAUUGCAAGUAACAGAAGACGGCUUCUCAGUGAUAAAGCGCGGUCGUUUGAAAACAUAAGCCCUCUUACAGAUAAGGAUUUCACAGUGGGCUGCAAGAAAAGACCUCUGGAAGAUAAGAACGGUGUGACACCGAAGCUAUUUAAAACUACAGGUAAAGAAAGCGAUUCGAAUUGUGGAGACGACGAACACAGUGGACCGGCAAGAAGACGUCUCAGCUCUUUGAGUUCUUUUCAAAUGAAUCUUAUACCUGAACAAAUGGCAGUGAUAAACGCCAUAAGAGCUGGAAAGAGUGUGUUUUUUACUGGUAGUGCAAGAACUGGCAAGUCAUAUCUCUUGAAACGUUUGAUAACAAUGUUACCACCUCAGAGUAUCUUUAUAACUGCAAGUACAGGAGCAGCAGCUUGUCACAUUGGUGGAACUACGCUUCAUGUGUAUGUGCGUGCGUGCGUGUGUGUGUGUGGUAUGCGAGUUACGUGUUGCAAGUAUCGAGUCGACUCUGUUGCUGUAUCGUACAUUUCAGCGAGUACUUGUGAUUCAUCUGUUGCCCUAAGACUUUGUGUAGAAAAAUGCAUCUUAAAGCUGGCCUGA